CACAAUUUCCCAUGGAAAUGCAUAGCAAAGAGGCUCAAGCAAGAAAUGCUACUACUCUGUGCUCAACACAGAAAAAUUGUAGUAGUAGCAUUUUCGUGACACAUAAGAACCAAUUUUUAUCAAUAUUAAGUAGAUUUCAUGCUGGUUAUUUUAGAAUAAGCCUUUCUUUAUGUAGCCAAGCAUUAUUAUGGAAAACCUUAAGUGAGCCAUCUGAUGAUAUUCAUAAGUUUAGAAGUAUUUUUCGUAUGCUUCCAUCUACAGCUUUUAUUCUUCUAUGGUCUUUAGCCUUAUUCUCAUUAAUAUCACUUUCUUUUCUAUACCUACUUCGUCUUCUCUUUCACUUUGACAUGGUUAAAAGUGAAUUCUUGCACCAUGUUGGAGUGAACUACCUUUUCGCUCCUUGGAUUUCUUGUCUUGUUUUGCUUCAAGCCACUCCAUUUUUCAAACCUAAAGAUAUCUAUUUCCUUGUACUUUGGUGGAUCUUUGUUGUACCUAUAGUGGCACUUGAUAUCAAGAUAUAUGGACAAUGGAUCACAAAAGGGAAGCGCUUCUUAUCAGGAGUAGCGAAUCCGACUAGCCAAUUAUCAGUUAUUGGGAAUUUAGUAGGAGCAAGGGCAGCUGCUGAAAUGGGAUGGAAUGAGUGUGCAUUAUUGUUGUUUGCAAUUGGAAUGUCACAUUAUUUAGUGCUUUUUGUUACACUUUAUCAGAGAUUACCAGGAAGUAGCUCUCUUCCAGCAAUGCUAAGGCCAGUUUUCUUCUUGUUUUUAGCAACUCCAAGUAUGGCUAGCUUGGCAUGGGACUCUAUUUAUGGAAAGUUUGAUUCUUCAUCCAAGAUGCUCUUCUUCCUUUCUCUCUUCCUCUUCUUUUCCCUGGUUUCAAGACCAGCCUUAUUUAAGAGAUCAAUGAGGAAAUUCAAUGUAUCGUGGUGGGCAUAUUCUUUCCCUAUAACAGUGAUGGCAAUGGCAUCAACUAAGUAUGCUCAAGAAAUGAAGAACACUGCGUCCCACAUUUUAAUGCUACUUCUUUCUGGAUUAUCAGUGAUAGUAUCACUUGUUUUGAUGAUUUUCACUGCAUUUAAUUCCAACUCAUUUUUACCUCGUGAUGGCGAUGGCGCAGUGCUUUGCCCUAGCAAUCAACGGUUAUCAAUAGUAUAAUUGUAAUUAUUAUUUUUUCACUUUCUUGGUAAUAUAUAGUUUUGGUUCGAAUUCUUAGAACCAACACAGAUGUAACAUUAGUGGAGAAUAGUAGUACUAAUUAAUUAGGCAUUCAUUAUUGACUUUGUAUGUAUUUCUGAUCAAAGAUGGAAAUGCCAAAACAAUUUUAUAUAAUAUAUUUUGGACUUCAUUUUUCUUGGAGAAA